CCUGACUCUGGCCAGCCGGAGAAAAUUGUUGUUGGUGUUUUGAACAUUCUGGGCGAGAAGUUCGGCUAUGAGUUAAACAGCAAGGGCUACAAAGUUCUUCCUCCCUACCUUCGUCUCAUCCAGGGCGAUGGCGUUAAUCUCGAAAGUUUGGGUAAAAUACUGGAGUCGGUGAAAAAGGCUGGCUGGAGUACUGUCAACGUAUCCUUCGGCAGCGGGGGAGCACUCCUGCAGCGACUAAACCGGGACACUCAAAAGUGCGCCUUUAAGUGCAGCCACACAGUGGUAAAUGGAAAGCAGGUAUAUGCUCUUUCUCCCCACCACCAUAUUAAAGGCCUUAUUUCAUUCAUACUGAGGCUGUCCCAAUUUUCUUCAAACGUCAAUGUAUGCAAGCAUCCCAUAACUGACCCUCAGAAGACCUCUAAGAAGGGUCGUCUUUGCCUUCUCCGCUCGUCUUCAGAGAAUGGAUACAUAACCAUGGAGGAGGGCCUUGGAGAUCUGGAAAAGGACCUGCUUAUUCCGGUGUUUGAGAACGGUCACCUCUUGAGAGAGUACACCUUCGAUGAGAUCCGCGAGCGCGCAGAACUUCCGGAAGUCAAACGACUACGAGAUGUAAACUUCAAAAAUUCGACCAAUUCUUCAUGA